CCAGAAGCGUUGCACUCUUAACUUGGUGAAAACGAAUCUACUCAGAAAACACUCUACUUUUUUUGGUGGAAUUUGCAUAAGCCAUCUGCAGCAGCAGUGCCCGAAACAAUCAUGGAGGAAUUUGACGAAAAUAGCCGCAAAUCGUUAAAGAAACAAAAAAAGGAGUAUCGCGACGAGAAGAAACGCGUCAACGAUGAGCUUUUGUCGGCGCUGCGCGAUCCGACAGUGGUCGUCAUGGCGGACACGCUCAAGAUUCGCGGAGCUCUGAAACGGUGGAACCGGUAUUACUGCGUGCUCAAGCCUGGACUUCUCAUUUUGUACAAGCACAAAAAAGCGGACAGGGGUGAUUGGGUCGGAACAGUUCUUCUUAACCAUUGCGAGCUGAUUGAGAGACCGUCGAAAAAAGAUGGGUUUUGCUUCAAACUGUUUCACCCAAUGGACAUGAGCAUUUGGGGCAACCGUGGCCCACUUGGACAAUCGUUUGGAAGCUUCACCUUAAACCCCCUGAACACAUCAUUUCUCAUUUGCAGAGCACCCAGCGACCAGGCUGGCCGAUGUUGGAUGGAUGCUCUUGAGUUGUCAUUCAAGUGCACUGGACUGCUGAAAAAGACUAUGAAUGAGCUUGAUGACAAAAAUGGAGACAGCAGCAUGAACGAUGGUCAGAGAGAUGAAUCAAGAAUGUCACGCGAUUCCGAUGGAGAUGAUACUCGAGAAUUGGCAGUGUCAGAGACGGAUGCUGAAAAGCAUUUCCAAGAGAUUGAUGAUGUCCAAGAUGAAGAUCAUGAAGACGGAAAAAUGUCAGAGACAAGUGACACUAUAAGAGAGGCAUUCACAGAGAGCGCAUGGAUUCCGAGCCCGAAAGAAGUGUUUGGCCCGGAUGGUUCAUUAACGGAAGAAGUCGGCGAAGAAAACAAGUCACUUAUCUGGACACUGCUCAAGCAAAUUCGCCCAGGAAUGGACCUUUCCAAAGUUGUCCUCCCUACAUUUAUCCUCGAGCCAAGAUCAUUUUUGGAGAAACUUGCCGAUUAUUAUUAUCAUGCCGAUCUCAUUUCAGAGGCUGUUGCAGAGCCAGACCCAUUUCAGAGAAUUGUCAAGGUUACCAAGUUCUUCUUGUCUGGAUUUUACAAAAAACCAAAGGGACUCAAAAAGCCUUACAAUCCAAUUCUCGGUGAAACGUUCCGUUGUAAAUGGGAACAUCCAGAUGGAUCCACAACUUUCUACAUGGCCGAACAAGUUUCUCAUCACCCUCCAGUUUCAUCACUUUUCAUCACCAAUCGAAAAGCCGGGUUCAAUAUCAGCGGAACGAUUCUAGCCAAGAGCAAAUAUUACGGAAAUUCACUGUCAGCUAUUCUUGCCGGGAAGCUUCGUCUGACGUUGCUGAAUCUUGGCGAGACAUACAUUGUCAACCUGCCAUACGCCAAUUGCAAAGGAAUCAUGAUCGGAACCAUGACUAUGGAACUUGGCGGAGAGGUUAACAUUGAGUGCGAGAAGACCGGCUACAGGACCACGCUGGAUUUCAAGUUGAAGCCAAUGCUUGGAGGAGCCUACAAUCAAAUUGAGGGAAGUAUCAAGUACGGAAGUGAUCGGUUGGCCAGUAUUGAAGGUGCAUGGGACGGAGUUAUUAGGAUAAAGGGACCAGAUGGCAAGAAAGAACUUUGGAAUCCCACACCAGAAGUGAUCAAAACUCGGCUUCCUCGCUACGAGAUUAACAUGGAUGAGCAAGGCGAAUGGGAAUCGGCUAAGCUCUGGCGCCACGUUACUGAAGCGAUUUCGAACGAGGAUCAGUACAAAGCUACAGAAGAAAAGACGGCUUUGGAAAACGAUCAAAGAGCGCGCGCCAAAUCCGGAAUUCCACACGAGACAAAGUUCUUCAAAAAACAGCACGGAGAUGAUUAUGUGUACAUUCAUGCCGACUACCGCCCAUGGGACAACAACAACGAUAUUCAACAAAUUGAGAACAACUACGUGGUAAAAACGAUUUCGAGGCACUCCAAAAGGAAAACGGGAAACAGUGAACAGUUGGGCAGUGACAAUACAUCAGAGGCCAGUGAAAGCGAUGAAGAAGUGAUUGAGCCAAAAAUUAAGAAGAAGGAAAUUGUCCCAGCGAAGUCAAAACCAAUCACACCGGAGGUCGCUGAUGAGCGUAUCAAGGAAAUGGAGCGCAAAUUUGAAUUGGCUAUUCGCAGAAUGGAAGCAGCCAACGAAAGACAAUCGUCCCGAACGUUGAACGCUAUCCAGUCAACUCUGCUCUUCGUUUUUGUUGUAACCUCGGUAGUUCAAUCUAUUUUCAUGUUCUUCAUGCUUCGCAAGUGAUCUGUAUCAAAUAUUAAAUAUUUUGACUUGUAUAUUAAUAUUAUUCAAUGAAUUAUUUGUAUUUUGUUCCUGUCAAUUUGCUUAUUUUGCUAGUUUCGGUUCAACUCAUCGUGAUUUUUUGUUUUCAUUUCCUCUGAAUCCUAGUCCAAACUCUUUCCCUCUUUCCAUUUCAACGCUACUUCUCUUUCCCCGUGCUAUGCUCCAAAAUUCGUUAACCCAUUUCCUGCCUUUAAUUUUUUCCUAUUGCUUCCUCUUCUCACUAUUUUGAACCAUCAAUAUUCAUCCUAUGAAUCUUUUUUUUUUGCCACCUCCCAAAAUUUUGUGUGUAGAGUCUGUGCCAAAAAAGAUGUGUAAUAAACUAAUCCUACUGAUCUAAGAAUCCUACUGAUUAGGAUUCUUAGAGCAAGAUAUUUGGGCAGCGAUUUAGUC